CCGUUAUCGGCCUAAUUAUUCCAAUAAACAUAUAUUCCACUCUAAUAAUAUCCAUCCAAUCUUCACUACAAAAACUCUGUUUUAAUUCAUUCCUCCAAGCUCUCCCCCUUCACCCAUUGCUCUUUAAUUCCAAAUUCUUGAAAUUCCAUUUCCUUAAAUUUUGAUUCAAGAAAAUGAGAGAGAUUCUUCACAUUCAGGCUGGGCAAUGUGGCAACCAAAUUGGAGGGAAGUUUUGGGAAGUUGUGUGUGAUGAACACGGAAUUAGUCCCACUGGUAAUUAUGUGGGAAAUUCCAGGGUUCAACUUGAGAGGCUUAAUGUUUAUUACAAUGAAGCAAGUGGUGGGAGGUAUGUUCCUAGGGCUGUGCUAAUGGAUCUUGAACCUGGAACCAUGGACAGUUUGAGGAGUGGUCCAUAUGGGCAAAUUUUUAGGCCUGAUAAUUUUGUUUUUGGGCAAAAUGGAGCUGGAAAUAAUUGGGCUAAAGGGCAUUACACUGAAGGAGCUGAGUUGAUUGAUUCUGUUCUAGAUGUUGUUCGCAAAGAAGCAGAGAACUGUGAUUGCUUACAAGGAUUUCAAGUUUGCCAUUCACUUGGAGGUGGAACCGGUUCCGGGAUGGGGACACUGCUCAUAUCCAAGAUCAGGGAAGAGUACCCUGAUAGGAUGAUGAUGACUUUCUCGGUGUUCCCAUCUCCCAAGGUUUCCGAUACAGUGGUCGAACCCUACAACGCCACCCUCUCGGUUCACCAACUCGUUGAAAAUGCUGACGAGUGUAUGGUUCUUGACAAUGAAGCUCUGUAUGACAUUUGCUUCCGCACACUCAAGCUCACAAAUCCAAGCUUUGGUGAUCUGAAUCAUUUGAUUUCAACAACUAUGAGCGGUGUAACAUGUUGUCUUCGCUUCCCCGGCCAAUUGAACUCUGACCUCAGAAAAUUAGCUGUAAACCUAAUCCCAUUCCCCCGUCUACACUUCUUUAUGGUCGGUUUUGCACCCUUGACUUCUCGUGGAUCACAGCAAUACCGAGCCCUCACCAUCCCAGAACUCACUCAACAAAUGUGGGAUGCCAAGAACAUGAUGUGCGCAGCUGAUCCACGCCAUGGCCGGUACCUAACUGCCUCGGCCAUGUUCCGUGGCAAAAUGAGCACGAAAGAGGUUGACGAGCAAAUGAUCAACGUACAAAACAAGAAUUCCUCUUACUUCGUCGAGUGGAUACCAAACAAUGUUAAGUCGAGCGUUUGUGACAUUCCACCAAUUGGGCUUUCUAUGUCAUCGACAUUUGUUGGGAAUUCUACGUCAAUACAAGAGAUGUUUAGGCGUGUUUCUGAGCAGUUUACGCUCAUGUUUAGGCGCAAGGCAUUCUUGCAUUGGUACACUGGGGAAGGAAUGGAUGAAAUGGAAUUUACUGAGGCUGAAAGUAAUAUGAAUGAUUUGGUUUCAGAAUAUCAGCAAUAUCAGGAUGCAGCAGCUGAUAAUGAUGAAGAAUUUGAUGAGGAAGAGGAUUUGGAAAAUUAGGAGUCAAUUAUUUGAUGCAAAUCUUCUUCUGCAGUAUGAAUGAUGUUAUUAUUAUUUAAUUUUUUUUCCUUUUUUUGAUUGUAUUUGUGUGAGUAUUGUAUUGUUUGUAAUGGUUGAUUAUAAUUUGUAUAAGUUUGUAUUUAUUUCUAUAAAUGGAUCAUUUCUCCA